UUUUCUACGUAUUGACUGUUUCGUUCUUGUUUGGCGAUCCUAAUGUAUUUUUAAAUGCUGAUUAGAGGUGAAAAUUAGUGUGGUUAUCAUAUUUUUUACGUUAUUGGACUACAUGGGUGCUUAUUACUGCGCCAUAUGUAGGCAAACUGCAUUUAACGGGAAAGGACAUAUCUUCGGGAAGCAACACCAAAGCAGACUAAGGCUUGUGCUGAUGAAAUUCAUAGAAAAGGUGAAGGAAGCUCGCCGAACACUUAAAAAACCAGAAGUGGAAAAGUUUGAUUGUAUGCAACAUAUGAAAACCUUUUGGUGUCACUGCUGUGGCCUGGAAGUGGAACGAAAUGUUUCAGAUGGCAACAUAACCGUAUUACAUGGAGGAUUGUUGGAGCACAUGGCCACGUCAGAACACAGGAAAAGUACCCACAAGUUCUGGUGGGAGAACAAAGCAGAUCCCAAGCUAAAAGACAAAGUCAUCAUCACACAGGAGGAGACUGAACGGUUCAAAGCUGAGGUAUCCAAAGUUUUGGAAACAUAUGUGGAGAAAGAGGAUGAAUUCAUUAAACAGCAAGCAGAGUUGAUCCGAGUCCAAGAGAAAGGACGACAAGAGCUCCUUGAGUCGCUUCUCGAGCAUGCAGCACAGCCGGAGUUGACCAACGGGCCUAACGGAACAAAAGAGGCAGCAGAGGCUGGUGUCAGCUUUCAAAGGAAAUCAUGGGGAGGCCACCACCAAACGGGGAGCAGCAAUGUUGACUCGAUAGUCGAUGCACAGCAACAGGGCCUGACUUUCAUUGGUUAUCAGGAUUCAUCAAACAGCGGAAACAUACACACAGGUGCUGUCCCUCCUUGGCUCCAGGAUGAUCCUUUGGAGGGGACGUCGACAAGUGCAGCACCUCCUGAGAUUGGCCCAUCUGCCCAGGAGUUCCUCAGACUCAAGGAGCAAGAGAAGACGAAGAAGCUCCCCCCUAACAGAGUGGGGGCCAACUUUGACCACAGUUCCUACACAGAUGCCAACUGGUUGCCCUCUUUUGGUCGUGUGUGGAAUAGUGGCAGACGUUGGCAGUCGAGACACCAGUUUCGACAGGAGGAAGGCCAGAAGAACAAGGGGAAGAGGAAGAUGAAGCAUGGUGCUGAAGGGUCCAAAAAAGCAAAGGCAGAUACAGAGGACGACUGUUAAAACAAAAUGUGAUAUUUUUUAAACUGCCAGAACAUGAUGGUAGUAGAUAUGAUUGUUAAAGGGGACAUGUUUUCCCAACAAUUUUUUUCAAGUAAGAUGGAUGUAUUGUAAUAUUGUCUCUUUUGGUCAUCAGUAAACGUGAAAUUUGAAUCAACACUGGUCAUGCAUUCUUGAAGACCAGAUAUUUUUCUCCCGAG